AUGAUCAUAAGACAUUCCAUCAGUAUCGUCUACUUAUCGACCAAGUUUGAGACGAUUCUGGUCAUCCUUGAAUGGCGGUAUCGCGUAGACAUGGGCCCAAUGAAUCAAAAGCUAGGAGCAGAGGAAGGCUUUGUCUACCGGCCAGUAAAAUAA